AGUCCCCCCUCCCAGCACAUUCUGUAACAUUCUGUAACCCUUCCAUGCCACAGUCCCUCACCCUAGCACACACAUCACUGAUCAUGAAGACAAUGCAAAUAAAGUAAAAACCACAACAAGACAUCACCUCACACAGGCAGUGAGCAUGCGACAUGGAUAAUAACUGUUUCACCCUGUGUGACUCCCAAGGUUAUCUGGGCGCCUGCCUAUGUGUGAGGCCGCACAGAGAUGGUGACACCAAAAUCUUGGAAAGUUCCUGAACAGCACAGCGCCUGGGCCAGGCCUCGGGGACAGUGUGACGGGCGCCCCGCGCAGGAGGAGGGUCAGGACCGAGUUCCAGGGCCCAGGCCUGCGCUCAGGGCUCGGCAGGGGACAGAGUCUGGGGUGCAGCUCCCUGUGGGGGACUCCCCAGCGCCUGGGUUUCACCUCUCCUCUCCCAACCUGUGUCGGCGCCUCCAUCCUGGAGACUCGUGACGCGGCCACACUUCUCACUCCCAUUGGCUGAGCGGUUUCCAGAGCAGCCAAUCAGCGUCCCCGCGACCCCGGUUAUAACUCCUCCGCGGAAGCGCCGGGACUCAGAUGGUACCCCCGACGCCAAGGAUGCGGGUCCUGAUGCCCCCCACCCUCCUGCUGGUGCUCUCGGGGGCGCUGGUCCUGACCCCCAGCUGGGUCGGCCCCCACUCCCAGACGUACUUCUACACCAUCGUGUCCCGGCCCGGCCGCGGGGAGCCCCGCUUCCUCGCCGUCGGCUACGUGGACGACACGCAGUUCGUGGGGUUCGACAGCGACGCGGCGAGUCCGAGGGCGGAGCCGCGGGCGCCGUGGAUGCAGCAGCCGUGGGUGCAGCGGGAGAGGCCGGGGUAUUGGGAGGAGCUGACGCAGAACUUCGAGGCAGCCGCCCAGAUUUUCCGAGUGAGCCUGCAGACCCUGCGCGGCUACUACAACCAGAGCGAGGACGGGUCUCACACCCUCCAGUGGAUGUUUGGCUGCGAAGUGGGACCAGAUGGGCGCCUCCUCCGCGGGUACGAGCAGUGGGCCUACGAUGGCGCCGACUACAUCGCCCUGAACGAGGACCUGACUUCCUGGAUCGCGACCGACAUGGCAGCUCAGAUCACCAAGCGCAAGUGGGAGGCGGAGGGUUGGGCAGAGCGUCACAGGAGCUACCUGGAGGGCCGGUGUGUGGAGUCGCUGCUAAUGUACCUGGACAAAGGGAAGGAGACCCUGCAGCGCGCAGACCCUCCAAAGGCUCACGUGACCCACCACCGCGUCUCUGAGCGGGAGGUCACCCUGAGGUGCUGGGCGCUGGGCUUCUACCCUGCGGACAUCAGCCUGACCUGGCAGCGUGACAGGGAGGACCAGACCCAGGACAUGGAGCUGGUGGAGACCAGGCCUGCGGGGGACGGCACCUUCCAGAAGUGGGCGGCCGUGGGAGUGCCCCCUGGAGAGGAGCAGAGAUACACAUGUCAUGUGCAGCACGAGGGGCUGCCCGAGCCCCUGACCCUGAGAUGGGAGCCGCCUUCUCACACCUUCUUCAUCAUCAUCAUCAUCAUCAUCAUCAUCAUCGGCAUCGCCGGGGUCCUGGUUCUGCAGAGACGGGCAGCUGUGAUGUGGUAGAGGAGGUGCUCACGUGGACAGGUGGGAAAGGAGGGAGCUACGCUCAGGCUGCCAGUGAGUAUGGGGGUGACCCUGAGACCCUGUGACAGUGCAGACGGGAGCCAUGCCUCACCCCCCCGCCCCCCGUAAUUCCUCCUAGUCUCCUGCCCUGGACCUCUGACCUCGUCCUGGUGUGUGUCCCUCAGGCAGUGACAGUGCCCAGGGCUCUGAUGUGUCUUUCUAGAGCGUGAGGGGCCUGCCUUGUUGGGGACCGAGUGAUGGAAGAUGUUCACGCUCCCACCUCCUGACUCAGGAACCUCUGAUUGGGGGGCUGACCAGCCCUGCUCCCCACGCUUUCCUGUCAGCAGAGGCGAGGCUGGGCCCUCCCGAUCCCUGCCUUUACUCCCUGGGGCUGUGAGCUGCAACUUCCUGCUCCAUAUUGAAAUGAGACUCUGGAUUGACCUGGGGUUUUUUUCUGGUUUUUUUUUUUUUAAUAUUUCUAUUGAUUUCAGAGAGGGAGGGAGAGGGAGAGAGAGAUAGAAACAUCAAUGAUGAGAGAGACUCAUUGAUCGGUUGCCUCCACGCCCCCACUGGGGAUCAAGCCUGCCACCCAGGCACGUGCCCUGACUGGGAAUCGAACCCAGGACCUCUUGGUCCAUGGGGCGACGCUCAACCCACUGAGCAACCACAGCCAGGCUGAUCUGGUUUUUUAGUUCUUGCCAUGACUGGUAGAACUACCAUAUGACCCAGCAAGUCCACUUUUGAGUAUAUACUUGAAAGAAAUUAAAUUUUAUCUUGAAGAGCUA